AGCAACAAAAAUGUUGCCGUGUUUGAUGUGAAAGACAGGUUUCCACCGUCGGUCGCCGCUGUAUUUAUUUUACGACAUCAACAAACUGUUAAUAACGAAACACGAUGACGUGUGCUUUGCCGUAAGUGAAAGUAACUUAUUAGUGGUAGGAGCAAUACGCGUAGGCCUUCAAUAUCUACAGUACAUUCCAGUAGUCACAGUCGCUCGCGCGUCGUGGUAUAGUUCACUCGCUUCCACGAGCAGUUCUUCGUUCAGGAAAUAUGUGCGGAAUAUUUGCAUACAUUAAUCACCUAACGCCAAAAACUAGGCGUGAAAUAUUGGAAUUGCUUGUAAAUGGAUUGAAACGCUUGGAAUAUCGUGGAUAUGAUUCAGCGGGCGUUGCUGUCGAUGCUGCUGAUCAGAAAGACAUUGCGGUAGUGAAACGUAGCGGCAAAGUAGCCGCUCUCGAAGAACUGUUGCAGGAGCGCAGCAUCGAGCUCUUGGUGGAAGAAUGUGUCGAGUCGCACUGUGGAAUCGCGCACACGCGUUGGGCAACGCACGGUGAACCGAGCGCCGUCAAUUCACAUCCGCAACGUUCCGGAGAAGAUAAUGCAUUUGUUGUUAUCCACAAUGGAAUCAUUACCAACUACAAAGAAGUGAAAACAUUCCUAGAAAAUAAGGGUUACACAUUUGAAUCUCAAACUGACACUGAAGCUAUUGCUAAGUUGAUUCAUCAUAUGUACAACCAGCACAAGGACUAUAACUUUCAAGAACUUGCUGAACAGGUAAUACAACAACUUGAAGGAGCUUUUGCUUUAUGUUUCAAAUCACGCCAUUUCCCUAAUGAAUGUGUGGCAACUCGUAGAGGCAGUCCCUUGCUUGUUGGUAUCAAGACACGCCGUCGCCUAUCUAGUGAUCAUGUUCCUAUUAUGUAUACCAACAAUAAGGCUACACGAGGAGUGGUUCCCUCUGUGCCUAGAGUCAACAGUCAUGCCCACUUUCAACCUGAAGAGGAGCGUGAAGUUGAAUAUUUCUUUGCAUCUGAUGCAUCUGCUGUUAUUGAGCAUACUAAUAGAGUCUUAUAUUUUGAAGAUGAUGAUGUUGCCCACAUAAAAGAUGGUGUGCUCAGUAUUCACCGUUUGUCUGGCAGUAGUAGUGACCCUCAUGAACGUGAGAUUUUCACCUUAAAACUGGAAUUGCAACAGAUAAUGAAAGGUAACUAUGAGUACUUUAUGCAAAAAGAAAUUUUUGAACAACCAGAAUCCAUAGUAAAUACUAUGAGAGGUCGUCUCAACUUUGCAAAUGGUACUGUAACUUUAGGAGGUAUCAAAGAUUAUAUUCCUGAGAUUAAGCGAUGCCGAAGACUCAUGUUAAUUGGUUGUGGUACUAGCUACCACAGUGCUGUUGCUACUCGUCAGUUGUUGGAAGAACUUACAGAACUACCAGUUAUGGUAGAACUUGCAUCUGAUUUCUUAGAUAGAAAUACUCCUGUAUUUAGAGAUGAUGUUUGCUUUUUUAUUUCUCAAUCUGGUGAGACAGCUGAUACUCUGAUGGCCUUAAGAUAUUGUAAACGUCAUGGUGCUCUUAUAGUUGGUAUCACCAAUACAGUCGGCAGUUCCAUCUGUCGAGAAUCCCACUGUGGUGUUCACAUCAAUGCUGGCCCUGAAAUUGGUGUGGCUUCUACUAAAGCAUACACUUCUCAGUUUGUAUCUUUGGUAAUGUUUGCCUUGGUUAUUAGUGAAGAUCGCAUAUCAUUACAAAAACGACGGGCUGACAUUAUUGCAGGACUUCAUGAAUUAGACGAAAAAAUUCGUCAAGUUUUAGCUUUGGAUUCUGAAGUUAAAGCUUUGGCAGAGGACUUAUAUCGCCAAAGAUCGUUGCUUAUAAUGGGACGAGGAUAUAACUUCGCAACUUGCUUAGAAGGAGCAUUAAAAGUGAAAGAGCUUACAUAUAUGCACAGCGAAGGAAUUAUGGCGGGAGAGCUGAAACACGGCCCACUCGCGCUUAUAGACGAUUCAAUGCCAGUAAUGAUGAUUGUUAUGCGUGAUCCAGUUUACACCAAAUGCAUGAAUGCAUUGCAACAGGUAAAUGCUCGGCAAGGUCGCCCAAUAGUCGUGUGUGAACAGGGUGACAAAGAAACAAUGGCCCUGGCAUCCCGUUCACUCGAAAUUCCGAAAACUGUUGAUUGUCUGCAAGGAGUGCUCACAGUCAUUCCAAUGCAACUUCUUGCCUACCAUAUUGCAGUACUACGUGGCUGUAAUGUUGAUUGCCCGCGAAAUCUCGCAAAAUCGGUAACCGUAGAAUAAACAGGCAUAUUAAGAUCUCACUGGCACAAACACUUGAAUGUAAAUAUGUUUUAUUAUUCGAAAGUACAGUAAUGUAUAAGUUAAUUGUAUAUGUCAAGAUAUCAUAACAUUUUUCUAUAAAUACCUGCAUUAUUAAGACAAUAUGACUAUGUGGCGAUUACAGAACACAAAAAUGUGUUAUUAAAUAAAUGGAAUAUGGAUAACUAUUAUACAGCUGUUUGCCCUUCCAAUGGAAUAUUUAAAAGAAAGUAAUUAAGUAUUUUUCAUAACUUUUGUUUGUUAUAAUUUUUCAGUAAAUGUUCAAUACAUUGCGUCAAACUUGCAUUUACUACCAGCGAUGCAUAACUGUUUCUACAAUUAGCCACACAUAAUUAUAUUAUUCCUUCCUCGUCAACAUAGUACUUACAUUCCUAUCCAUACUGUCUGUUUUAUUUUUCUAUGAAGUCCUCAACAUUCCUAUAUAUAAACUAAUACAAAUCUGUUUAUUAUCUUGUAUCAAUCUAAAUGUGGGCGUUUUAAAAUCAUGGACUUGACUUUAGAUUUACAAUAAAGUAAAAGGUCAAAUUAUUUUAUGAGUGUAAAUAUUUUUAUGACAGGUUAUUGUAUGAGCAAAAACCUGAUCACUAUAAUCGUUAUAAGAUGUAGACAAUUUAAAAAUAUUCCAUUAUAUAUUUUCCGAUUAAAACUGUGGCUAUAUGGGAAUAAGAGUGUGAAUCAAAUUAGUUAUGAGUAGACAAUGUAUGUAAGUUCGACGGAAAUAGAAGUAUAAAAUAGUUGAUACAACAAUUUAGUUUGCAUAAAAAAUGCCUUAUAUCUUAUAUUAGAAUACAUUUUUGUUUAAAUCAAAGCAAAUUGUCCUGUAAAAAAAAAGAGCUUCAUUUUAUUGAUCAGGAUCUCGCACUUGAUAUUCAAUCCUGUGGCAUUUGCAUACAUAUUUUUAAAAUUGUUUUAUACUACCAUGGUUUUUAGUUCUUCUAGUUUUAUCUAUCUUUGUUCAGA